AUGCCUCUCCUUGAGCAGCUCCACUACAACUGGAGUCCAACUGGACAAGAGAAGGUCUACUCCACCAGGUUGGAUGGACAUCAAGUUUUGCAAGACCAACCUCUCAUUGAGCACAAGGAGUUGGAUGGGAGUCUAGGAGGUGAGAACAUUGACUUCAGACCCCCUGUGUACACAUUAGUUGGGCAUGAAGCGGAUUUGCGAGAAGAGGAGCCUGAGCUCGAUCGAGCUGAGGAUCGAGCUGAGAUCAAGCUGAAGAUCAGUCCAGGAGAGUGCGGAUUUGGGUGA